GAUGAAUAUUUGCAUUUUCUUCUUUCAAAUGUUUUUCUACAUGGGAAUCGUCAUUUACACACCAGCUUUAGCCAUUAACGCAGCAACUGGAAUGAGUCUUGCUGCAAGCAUCGUCUCUACAGGAUUUGUAUGCAUCUUCUAUACCACAAUUGGAGGUAUGAAAGCAGUACUUUGGACCGAUACGUUCCAGACCUUCGUGAUGGUUUCGGGGUCAUUGCCAUCAUCGUCGCAGGGACCAACGAGGUUGGCGGAAUGGAUGAGGUCUGGGCAAGGGCCAAGGAUGGAGGUAGAAUAAGCUUCUUUGACACGAGGCCAGAUUUGACGAUCCGAAACUCGUUUUGGUCUGUGAACAUUGGAGCCAUUUUGAUCACCUACGGGACUUACGGCAUGAACCAGGCCAUAGUACAACGAUGCCUCAGUCUGGGCUCCAUCAAAAAGGCAAAAUGGGCUAUAUCACUGGCGGUUUUGUCACAAUGGGUUGUGCUCAUCCUCAUGUCUCUGUCUGGUGUGGUGAUGUAUGCAUAUUACUUCAAUUGUGAUCCUUUUACUCAAGGCAAGGUCUUGAGCCCUGAUCAGAUAAUGCCUUACAUGGUAAUGGAAGUCUUUGCCAAGAUGCCCGGUAUUCCAGGGAUCUUCUUAUCUUCAGUUCUUAGUGCUUCGCUCAGUACCCUAUCAUCUGGGUUGAACGCACUCGCAGCCGUAGCGGGACAGGAUAUAAUCAAGGGGAUUUGGCCAAGGCUAGAAGGAAAGACCUAUACUGCCAUUACAAAACUAUUAUCUUUUUUAUUUGGAUUACUAGCGAUUGGGGUUGCAUUUCUUGCCAUGGUGAUGGGAGAUCAAGUACUCGAGAUGGGUUUGUCUAUUUAUGGUAUCACCUACGGGGCUGUCGUCGCGACGUUCACUCUUGGAUUUUGUUGCCCAAGGAUUAAUUACAAAGGUGUUUUGCUCGGAACCAUAGUGAGCAUAAGCACAAUGACGUGGCUGAAAGUUGGAAAGAUGUUCGCAGAUAACAUUCGAUCGGAUGUUCUACCUCUUUCUGUCGAAGGCUGUGUUGGUGAGCAGAACUCAACCAACUUGACCUAUUAUACAACCAUGGUAACCGAAAUCGGGACAUGGACAUCUUUCACGGAAUCGCCCCUCAACGAGACAGUGACUGAUGAAAGAACGGGGCUAGAAAACUUCUACUCGUUGUCUUAUCACUUGUAUGGCCCCUUAGGAUUCCUCAUCACAAUAGCAGUAGCUUUCAUAGUUAGUGCUAUUACAGGUUUUAAUGAUCCAGAUACGAUAGACAAACGAUUACUGAUUAACGUCGGAGAUGCUUUCUGUUGCUGUCUCCCUACAAAGUGGCAGAAAAAGCUCAAUAUUGCAAAUGGCGUAAUUGAUGACGAAUAUCCAGGUGCUAAGACUCUCCAACCUGUCAACGGAACGGCGUACGCGAAAAUUCCGGUAGAUUUGGCGCCAAAUCAGUCGCCGGAGAGUGAGCACUUUUUGCCUCAGCCCCAGUACUUUGACUAUCCACAGAAACCCGUCACAGUUGAAUCAAGGACAACCACAGUAUAGAGAGAUCAAUGGUAGCAAGUACAAUGACAUUUUCAUGAGGAGUGAAAACUUCUUUUGACAUUGUUUAUCGCUAUCAAGUGUAAGGAAUUUCCGACGAAGAUUUGGUAUCCUUUGGAAUCCUUGUGUUUUAAGAUGGAAUCCAAGUAUCUUGAGUUACUUUCUGAUACCCAAUUUAGUUUUUGCUAUGGCAGUAGCUGUAUUUUCAGGCUCUGUUUUUCCCGAUUCAUAUCACAUGAGUUUUUGUAAUAUUGGUUUGACAUUUCAUCAAAAUAACUUAAUAUUUUCAGUGCACUCAAAAUGGUCUCAAUUGCGUGUUGUAGUAGUUUACUAUUUUUUUCCUUGUAGAUACAACCUAAUGAAAUCGUUGGAAUGUCUAAUCAAAAUUCCUAAUAUUUCGCUAAGAAGUAAAACAAAAAAGGUAGGGCAUAACGGAUCUCCUUGACAACACCCUCGUCCCAUAGUAAAUCUCUCUUUGCAAAAUACAUUUACUGUGACACAAAAAGAUGUAUUUUUAUCAAAUAGAUGAAUCCAUUUGUUUUUCAGUGGUGGCUCAAAAUGAAAAAAAGCAAGGACAUUGAAUAGAAACUUGUGAGGUAUACAAUCGAAGGCCUUCUCAAAAUCAAUCAUCAACAACAUGCCUGGUAUGUCAUUAAGUGCGGGGUAUAAUAAUAUAUCAUAAAAUAAACGAAUAUUUUCCUCAAUAAAACGGCCUUUCUAAAAUCCCUUUUGAUUCUUAUGUGUCAAGAAGGGCAAACAUGCUUUAAUCGAUUAGCUUUAAAUAUAUGCACCAUGAUGCUAUUUAUGUAUGUAACAUUUAAAAGUGAAAUAGGACGCCAAUUUUGUAAUAAAUGGCUUGUUUCCUUUAGGAAUUAAUGUGAUUAUUCCUAAUUUUUGUGACUGCGACAGUUCUUCUAUAAAAGAAGCGAACUGAAGUUCAAAGGUCUGAUCAUGAACGUUUUAAGAUAUUGCCAAAAGAAACGAAAUAAUUCAACGGUGAAGCCAUUUCGCCCAGGGGAUUUAUCAUUUUUCGUACCUUUUAGCAUUAAAUAAAUCUUACUUUCACACAAAAGACCUUUUAAUAAAUGGUACAAUUCUGGAGUUAAAUAAAUAAUGUGUUAAUGUGUUUAUAUCUACCUCUUCAGUGUCUUUCGUCUUAUAUAAGUUUGAAUAAAAUGUAAAGACUUCGUUUGAUAUACCAUCUUUUCUACGAAUAAACAUUUCCAUUAUCUGUUGACAAUUACCAUA